UUCAUGUAGAUUUUACGUGAUUGUCAUUUGAGUUCAUCAUGAGCUGGGAAGAUGGUUUAUCCUGUAAAUCUUAUUCACUAGACAUAUGCAUUUCAUGUGAGUUUCACGAAGAAUUUAACUACCGGUAAAGUGAAAACCAUUUGAUUGUCUGACUCAACGUUUUAUACAACGUAUAAUUUUCAAUUGUGGUUUCCCAAAUUCGUAUUCAGAAAUUAUCCAAAUAUGUUGCUUGAUAAGUCGCACGGGCAUGCAAAAUCGCCAAUUCGUAAAUUAAUUAAACGACAUACAAAAUGGCAAAAUGAUAUUGCGACAUUCGCUGGCGAUCAUCACUGUUAGCUGCAACUGUUUAUGUUCAGCAAAUUCCUCACAAUUUGAACUGAAUCUGUGUGAAAUCUCGAUGCCGGAUUCUUAUGGUUUUUCUAAAGCUCACUCAUUGGGAAGUCAUCGGGGAAUUCCUUUCAUGUUCAAAGGCGAAUUAGACAACAGCUUCGCCAUUUUGACCUCUGUGUAUUUUCCGUAUUUUCGCACGGAGAGUUCACGCGAUACUUCAUUCUGUUUUACGUUGCCAGGUUGACGUAGAUGCUACCUAAUAAAACAUAGUAUGCAUGUGAUUUUCACGUAGAGGUUAUGUUUGUCACAUAAAUCGUGCAAAAUGACAGAAAAUGAAUAAGUACAGGAAAUUUCACGUAACAAUAACGUGAAAAAUAUUUUGAGUGAGUGUUAUCCCAGCUCGCAAUAACUUUUUUUUCUUUUUGCGUUUCUUAACAUGAUUUCACAAGAUGCCACUGAAAUCAGAUUUAAUAUGGGACAAGCUAAACCAACGUUUGGCACAAGUUGAUCGCUCCAAGAGAUCAUUUUUGGCUAUUAUAUUUAGUCAUCUUCGCCAAGAUGGAAAAAUAGUCCGAACUGUUGUUUUGGACUGCAGUGCACUCAAAAUAGAAGAAAUAGAAUCGGGAUCAUCAUUUACAGCAACAUAUCCUGCCGAACGGAUCGACGCAUCUAUCGAAAUCGACGACGAUGAUUUCUACUCGGUUGCAACUAAGCAAACUACCUUUUCCUCCCUUAUGAAACAGGAGAAGGUAAAAGUCCAAGGCAACCCGGAAUGCUUCUUGAAACUGGACGAAAAGUUUAAGUAAAAUGUACUACAAAAAAGAAGAUGCACUUUUGGAUGGCACAACAGCAAAAAUAAUACUAAGACGGAGUAACUUUGCUCAUAAUCACUGAGAUUUACUUUAUUUUACACAUUGAAGCAUGCACAUCACAUUUAUUACAUUAAUAACCACCAUUCAACAAAUAAUGUAUUGUUGAAUUAAGCACACGAUCAUUUGCGUAUUAGUUAUGCUAACAGACAUACCAUUGCUUCAGUUUAUAUCCUUAAUAAGUGUACCCGUUUUCCUGUAGUAAAAUUCCUGAUCAAAAACUCUAUCGAAAUACAAUUACAUGUAAAAAAAUGAAUGUCAUGCCUUUUUUAGUGAAGACUAAUUGUAACUCUUAGUUUAAGUUAUUUGCUAAAAUAUAUAGUGUGAGACUCCUCAA